UUAGUCAUAUGACAGCAGUGUGAGAACCAAGAGAAUGGUUUUCCGUGAUCUGAAAUUGGACACAUGUGGAAGAAAGGAAUGAAUUUGCUGUGCAAAUAAGAAACGGUAGGACUUCUUUGCUCUACAUGUGAAAGAGAAGAGUAUGGAGAAUGAUGAAUUUCCGUCAGCGGAUGGGCUGGAUCGGAGUGGGACUUUACCUGCUAGCCAGUGUGGCUGCUGUGUAUUAUGUGUUUGAGAUCAACCAGACAUAUAAUCGGCUCACACUGGCUCUUGUGGAGAAGGCACCAGUGGUUCAAACCCCUCUGCCAGGGGACCAUGCUGGUGUGGCUACCACAGGGUCCUCCUCCUCCUCGGUCCCAUGGCUCCAGAGUUUGAAGACCCGUCUGCUGCUCCUGCCGUUCUGGGUGUGGGCCGUCCUCUUCCUGCUCCCCUACCUCCAGGUGUUCCUCUUCCUGUACUCUUGCACCCGUGCCGACCCCAAGACCGUGGGCUAUUGCAUUCUGCCCAUAUGCAUUGCGGUGCUGUGCAAUCGUCACCAAACUUUCACCAAGGCAUCCAAUCAGAUCAGCAGGCUGCAGCUGAUUGACACCUGAGAGACCAUGGAGACCGAUGAGACGUUGGGGGGAUGGGGGGAAUCAUGACACUGAAGCGCUGAUGGUAGUGACAUUGGACAGGUAGAUGUGUAGCCAGUGUGUUUAUCAGCAAGCUUCUGUGCAACAAUGCAAAUUUUGUAGGGGUUCAGUGUAACACUCCUUAUGCACUGGUUCAGUGUUUUGGGGAGACAUUUUCUGUGGAGUUUUUUUUUUUUUUUAAUGUUGGUGUCAGGAUCUCUAAACACUGUCUAGUGAUUUCACUCUUUUGUAUAUGUUUCUGAUUCAUAUUCCGAAGAAAGACUGCACCAAACUGGAUAGUGUAUUAUUCUUCGUCUGGUGCAGAUAUUGAGUCAGUGUAACAAAGCUAUGGGGCUGUUGUUCACUUUAGAACUCUUCACUGUUUUUUCAGAGGUCUUUUUUUAUAUAUAUAUAUAUAUAAAUAUAUAAAAUGUGUCUUUAUGAAAAGUUUGGCAUACAGGUUAAUCUGGUACAUCUGAUUUAAGGUACAAAAUUACAUAUUUAUAUGAUUAAUAAUAGCAACAAAACAACUUUUUAGUGAAGUUAUGUUUUGCUGGUGUAUUUUUCAAGUUCUUUGUGUGAUGCUGAUAGUGUUGUUCCACACGUAACUGAAUGUUUUUAUUACAUCUCCCUCCCCAGCUGGCUUGGUCAACAGCACAAGCAUAUCUUCAGUGGUGAAAGCCAGAUUGGAACUUAAAAGCAUUCAGUUCCUAGUGAAUGUUCAGUAUUAAGUGUUGACUUAUUCUUUAGGAGUGGUCCUAUCGUAGUGAACACUGUGAUAAUCAUCGGCCUUUUCUUUCCAGAUUCAAUGCCAGAGUUAGUAUCAGUUGCUUUCAGAAAUUCAUUUUUACUGGAUGUUUUCAGCACAUUGCAUUACAUACCAUGUGUGCCAUUUUAACAAGAUUAUAAAUUAUUGACUAUAUUUAAGAGGUUUUUCUAUUUUAUUUGAAUUUGUGUAGUAUAGGAAUCAGGAUUACCAGAGUCCAUAGUUGUUUAUGGUUAAUCAAAGUUGGGACAUAUGAAGAUCAAUAACUGCCCAUUUAUAUUUUCCCAAUUGGUUUUAAAAUAUGUUGCUUUCUUAACUGGAUCUUUCAAAGAAUGUUCUGGGUGAUUGUAUCAUUUCACCUGAGAUGUGUAUAGAAAAGCCAACCAAUAGGAAAGAAUACUCAUGUUAACAACUUAUGUGAGGAGCGAUCCAUGAGUUUAUACAUGGAUGUCCUAUGAAUGCAAGCCAAAGGGAGUGUUCUAAGGAGGAACUGUUUGGAAAUGGUCAUGUCUAGCACUUAAACCAGUUAGCACUUCUAAGUUUAAACAGCAUCUUCAUCUGGGGAACAGAGAACACAACUUUUUUACACCCUUUUUAAAAAAAAAAAAAAUUAUAAUGGUGUUAUGAAAAUAGUAAUUUGGGGUGCAUCAUCUGUCACAUCCUUUAGCGCUGGGUGUUCGGAAUGAGACGUUGCCACCUUAAGCAUGUUCAUCUGCUCUGAUUUCUAAGCUUCUGCUCAUGAGCACACAUUGUGAUGAGACACAGAAUAGACACACACACAUGUAUCCAAAUCCUACAGAAUGAGUGUUAUAAAAAGAAAAGGAACAUUAGCCCUUUGUGACAGUUCUUUUAUAGUCAGCCACCUCCCUGCUGUUGCUCAAAAUGGCCUUGUAGGAGUGCCGCUAGAAGCUUCAUGGCAGUCGUCAGCUGACUGACCGUGUAGCCGUUGCUCUGUGGGUGACUUCGGGAGAUGGGUUAAUAGAUAUUACCAUGUCAGUUGUGACCACAGAAUGCAGCUGCACAGUGUCACAGUUGUUGAAGCCAAAUACCAUUUCCCUCUUAGUAUUGGGAAAUAGGAAAUGUAAGUCUUGCCCACAAAGGCACUGCCUCUCAGCAGUGAGAUAACAUUUUUGUCUUGCGUUGUCUUUCUUGGGAUGAUCUCAUUUCUAACUAAAUGAUUUAAAGGAAAAUAUUUUUUUUUCUUCUAAAAGAAUGGCGUUGUCUCUUAAGGGCUUUUGUGUGUACAUUUGUAGUGUGUGUACAUUUAUGUUGGGACAUUUUAACUGCCUUUCUAAUCAAAAUGCACUGUGAUUAAAGUCUGGAUUUGGAAAAAUA